UCCACGCAGGACAGGAGCUCCGAACCCUCGGUUUCAUUCCAGAAAAGUUCCUUCAUUACUUCUGUAGGACGAGAGCUCACUGUAAACAUGGUUGAUAGAAGCAUUGCACUGGAGGCUCUGGGAGCACUCUGCAACGGCAACGUGACGUCUGUCCAGCAACAAGCAUCACCAGCUGGUUUGUCCAGAAGUAAACUUCAAGUGGGACCACAGCAGAAUCUGUCCAUCAAGCUUCUCAUCCCGACUGUCGUUGAUGGAGAUGAACACUCCGAAGUGUCAAGAUCCUGCUUCAACUCCAUCAAGUUCAUCCUGGACGGCAGUGGUGGAUCUGACUUUCCCGAACUGGACGAGGCGGUUGUUAUGAUCCAAAAGAAUCUCAUAAUGGAUGAGGAUGAAUUCUUUGCCCCACAGUAUGACUAUGAUUUCAAAAACCUGACUGAGACUGAGACCUAUUGGAGAGGUGGAGAGAAGUAUGAGCGUCCAUGUGGUUGGUACCGAUUUGGACUCAAGGUGCUGGACAAGUAUGCUGGGACUACCUGGCUGGGAACCACGUACCGUGGCACUCAGUCAAGCCCAGGGGAGUGGCCUGUGUCUUACCACGGGACAUCAAAGACUGGUGCCGAAGGCAUCAUUGGAGAUCACUACAAGCCAGGACCAGGGCAGGCCUAUGGCAGGGGGAUUUACUCCACACCGGACAUAAGUGAGGCGAACCGCUACGCCAAAACGUUCACCUCCAGCAAGAAUGGCAAGACGUACAAAGUGGUUCUGCAGAAUCGAAUCAACCCUGAGUACAGAAAGAAGUACGUUAACAACCUCUACUGGCUGGUUCCCAUCCCAAAGGGAAAUUCAGAAGAUGAAGAGCAGGAGAUGGUAGAGAGGGCCAUCCGUCCUUAUGGCCUUCUGCUGAAAGAGGUCUAACAGAGGAAGAUCUCUCUCUCUCUCUUUCUCUCUCUCUCGCUCUCUCUCUCUCUCUCUCACACACACACAAAAACACACACACACACUCACACACACACAUCUGGCCAGCUGUGGAGCUUUGAAACAAUUCCUGUCUUUUUAUUGUAAUACGAACAAAGUACUCCGUUGCUGUCAAAUGUGAUUUACAUAUCAAGAUGAAUAUGGAAAAAUAAUAUCUUAUCUGUAUGUGUACUUUAUAGACGGAUGCA